CCCUAUUGGCCUUCCACAAAUUACAUGAAGAAAGAAAUUUGAAACUUCUCUUUCUUUCUUCCUCUUUGUUUCGAUUUGUUUUGUUUCUGAAAGGAUUGUAAUUUACACGAAGAAAAGCUGUUCGUGAAUGAUUUGAGAUUGACCAAUAUAUAUAUAUUUAUUGUGGAUUUGAUUUGUUGUUGCUGAAGGACAGCUACCAAUCUCUAUCAUCCGUUGAAGUUGGGCCCCAUUUUCCAUGUACGGUUGGAAUUCAAUCUCGAUCUAGAGGAGCCUUGCCCUGACGCUCUCUUCUCAACUCUAUCUAGUUUAAAAUUUAAAGAAUUGUUUUGUUGGGUGAUUAAAUCUGCUUCUCUUCUCUUACGCUCUGUCUGUCUAAGCAAUAAAUAAGAGGGUCUUUGACUAAGGAAGGAGUAAGGAGGCCUCAUAGCCUGAACACUAUUACACAACUUACUGACCUUCUACUUUCUGACUCUUUCUUUCUUUCUACAUUGCUCCAAAUGUAGCAGCAGCAGCUUCAGCCCUCAGCCUUCACCGCACUCACCUUGCCUCCUUAACACAAUAGAGAGAUCAAGAAGAAUAAGAAGAAAAAGAAGACGAAAAAGGUGAAAGCAAUACAACGAACAUGAUGGUGAUGAGGAAAAGACUGACUUGCUGUACCCGCGACAGAGAGAUUAGCCUCGAUUUUGAUGAGCAAGACAUCUUUUGUUGACCAAGACCAAGAUCAAGAUGAGGAAGCUGGUUCUUCCACGUUACCCAUUAGCUAGCCCUCAAAAUUUUGUUUUAUUGUCGAACAUGAUAUACCUUACACAUGGACUGAAAGCACUUCUUUGCUUGUCUAAAGAGCCAACUAUUCUUUAAAGAACGCACUUCAUCUUCAUAAUCUAUAAUAGUUCAUAUUCUGAAGUGCUUAGUAAACCAUUCCACUCUAUUCUUUUCUGAGUCUGUUGUGAAUGCCAAUUAGCAUGUAUGGAUUAUGUAUCACUCAUGUAUAUUAUAUUUGGUGCAUGUAAACUUCUUUCUCUCAUUUCGUUUUUGCUUUAAUUAGAAUUGAAGUAUUGUAUUGCAUGACUUAGAAGGUUGGGGAUUGAGGGGAGAGUAUUGGGAGGGUCCCAUAACUUGCAGACCAUGGGCCAUGGGGGUAGGACUGUUGGAGGAGGUGACCCAGCAGUUCUCAUUUUUUGGUUGGCCAUUACCAUUUCUUCAAUCUUCACUUAAUAGUCACUGCCAUUGCCAUGCAGCAAUGCUGUCUCUAUUUAAUUCUUAGCUGAACAUUUAUGGUACCCUAAGAGGAGGUGUGAAUGUCAUGUGCCUUUCUCUUCUGUUGCACUACAACCCACACCCAUUAUUUCUUUCUUUCUGUUAACUUGAAAAAGAAUAAAGAGAUAUUAUUCAAGCUUAAUUUUUUGAACAGCAGGGAAUCAUGCUUCUAUCAUUAAAUUAAAUAUUCAAUGAAUUUCUUGGUGGAUCUAGGAGUUUUAGUGUGAGUUAACCACUUUUUGAAGACAAAGAUGAGAAACCCGUGAUCAUUGCAAGCAACCCUAUUAAUUCUCGUCAAAAUCUGCUCUUUAAUAAAUGAGCAGAGUUUCAAAUCCACCAGAUUAUUAAGUAUCUAAAGUUUAGAUGCAGCCCCCAUUUGUUUAGUAUUUGAGUAGAUACGCAUGGUCAUUGAGGUGGGCAAACCUUGUUUGAGAAAGAUGUCCAAUAGAUACUCAUGCUCAUGAAUUUUUACUAAGGUGAGUAAUCCUUGUUUGAGAAAGAUGUGCACUUGCCUCAAACAAUUACUAGCAUUUUUAAUGAAGUUAUAUUCUUUGUUGUUAUGGUCGGUCCCCUCAGUGGGCCCAAAGGAAACGCCUCAUCGAGGUCUGAUUGUCUCAUCAUUUGAAGCUAUUUGGUUUUGUUUGAACUUUCCAGUUUCAAGCUAGGAUACGGUGACAAACGGGAAAAAAAAAAAAAAAGAAGUAUCGUAAUGCUCUAGUAGUGUUACUAGCUAUCAAAUUGCCUAUGGGCUCUGGUACAGAACCUCCUGAAAAUGCAUUGGUUGCCCUCCCUUCCCUCCAAUCGAUAAUAGGUUAGGUUUUGAAGACUUUUCUUUUGCUUGUGGUCAGUGGUGGGCCCUUCCCUUCAUAUGGUACUGUUAUCAUUUAAAACUCUUCACUUAACAGUGUGAGACAAUGAAGUUACUGAGUGGGGACACAAAAGUCAUGUCCGGACGACUUUUCUUUCUCCUAAAAAGAUGAAGUACUAGUAAUUAAUUAUUGAUACUUGGAUGACCUAGCAUCGGGGCGACCCAUUUAUUCAAAAUUAGUAUUUUCUGGUUGCAAAGAGAAAAAUACCCUGCUGCAACACGCCAGAUAAAAGGAGUGGAAAGGAUAAUAAUACUAACUUUUAUUAAAAUUCCUUUCUAGACUAUAAAAACAAAAAACUUUGAUUAAAAUUAGCCACUUUCUUUUGUUGGCCAUCUUUUUAAGUUUUGAGAAGUGCACGCGUUUUCUGGAGUUUGAGUUUGCCGUUGAUCAGGCUCGAAUUCAGAUAUAAGAUGUCCUGUUUCAGGAAAUUUCUCUCUUUUUUUUGUUUUUUUAUGCGGGCCUACUUCUCAAAACUUGGGAAACUUCUGCCUUGUAGUCUCUUGUCUUGUCUUCAUUCUGAAGAGGAAAAUGCAUCAUGUACGGCAAGAACGCUAGCUGUUAAUGCUUUUUCUUAUCACAUGAUUGAUUUUAGAACAAACGUGUUGAGCCAUAACUUUUAAACAUGGGUAUAAGCCAUAGGGAAAGAGGUGGGCAGUUAAAGUUAUCCACAUCAUAAAACCCAAUCAUUUUACGCAAUUUUUGUAGAAAAUGAAUCAUCUUAUCUUAUGAUCUAUCCUAACUGCGGAAUAGCGCUCGCCCUUGCACUACCAUGUGCAUGUGCAUGUGCUAAUAUCUGACUUUUCUACAAUAAGGACAAAUCUCAAUUAUUUUAUUCAAAAUGAAAAGGGUGCAUAUGUGAACUUGGAGAGUCUGGUUUUUCUGAUCUAUGAUAACCUUCAUAAUUACUUACUUAGCAUACCCACCUGUCUAGAUAAAUAUGGAUGGAAAUGGCAUUUAAUCAAAUCUAUUAUGAGAUCAAUGACAGCUCCAAAAAUGAAAAAUAUGUGAAGGAUAAUGACAUAUAAUGGCCUUGAGAGCUGUAUUCUCAACAAUAAGUCUUAUGAAAACGAAAGCAGAACGAGCAGAGGAGACGGAUGUGCAUCUGAUUCCUUGGAUGAUGAUUUCUCAAGCUGUUCUUCUAGCAAAGAUGCUUUUGGAUCAUUUUCUUCCAAGUGGAUGAAGAGAGAUGAACAAGGUUCAGAUGAAUGGGAGCCCUCAGAAAGCCCCAAACAUUUUUAUGUCAAAGAGAAACCUGCUUAUGCCAUUCAAUCUUCAGAUGUUAAGACAAUGAAAGAAAAUUUUGCAAAGCUUCUAUUGGGGGAAGACAUUACAGGUGGACGGAAGGGUGUUUCCACAGCUUUAGCAUUGUCAAAUGCCAUAACAAAUCUUGCAGCCUCAGUUUUUGGGGAGUUGUGGAAAUUGGAGCCACUGGCUGAAGAAAGGAAAAAUAAAUGGCAAAGAGAAAUGGACUGGUUAGUCUCCCCUACCAACUAUAUGGUGGAGUUAGUACCUGCUAAGCAAAGUGGUGUCAAUGGCAGGACUAUGGAGAUAAUGACUCCAAAAGCCCGUGCAGACAUUCACAUGAAUCUCCCAGCACUUCAAAAGUUGGAUUCUAUGCUUAUUGAAACACUGGAAUCAAUGGUGAAUACUGAGUUUUGGUAUGCGGAAGUUGGCAGUCGGGCAGAAGGAAGAAACAAGAGUGCGAGGGAGAGCAAGAGGUGGUGGCUCCCGUUGCCACAAGUUCCCAAAACUGGGCUCUCGGACACUGAAAGGAAGAAGUUGCAAUGUAAGGGCAAGGUGGUACAUCAAGUAUUCAAGGCUGCAAAAGCGAUCAAUGAAAAUAUUUUGUUUGAAAUGCCUCUUCCAUCCAUUAUUAGGGAUGCCCUACCCAAGUCUGGGAAGGCAAACCUGGGUGACGACCUGUACAAGUUUUUGACUGUGGAGUCCAGCUCUGUUGAAGAAAUGUACAUUUCACUCAAUUUGAAAUCUGAACAUGAUGCCCUUGCAGCCAUCAAUAGGUUGGAAGCUGCUGUAUUUGCAUGGAAAGAGAGAAUUACAGAACAAGCUAGUGGUAAUUCCCCAGUGCGAAAAUCAUGGUCUUUCAUUAAGGACCCAAUGUCUGAGAUGGAUAAGAUGGAGCUACUACUGGACCGAGCAGAAGCAGUUUUACAACAGAUAAAGAGCGCAUAUCCGAAUCUUCCUCAAACAUUUCUUGAUGCUACAAAGAUUCAAUAUGGCAAGGAUGUUGGGCAUUCCAUUCUGGAAGCAUAUUCACGCGUCCUCAGAAACUUGGCUUUCAGCAUAAUGUGUAGGAUUGGAGAAAUUCUGCAAGAAGAUGCUUUGAGUAACCCAAAUUCGCCUGUGGCAACAUUGUGCUUCCCUGGAAUGAAUGUGGAGAGAAAUAUGCAAAGUCCAGCUUGUGGUCAGCGUGCAAGGCAGUCUCUGAUUGAUCAGAUGAACAAAGCAGAAGGGAAGUACUGUGAGUCUGAUUCAAGCAGCUAUUCUGAUAGGGAGUUAUCGUGCAAUGAAGGUAGAGCAAACUGUGUAAAUGCAACACCGAGUAGGGGUCGAGUUUGGUGUAUUGGUAAGGAGGCAUGUGUAGGAGUGUCUCCUUGAUAUGGAAUGGUAUGGAAGUGUGAUUUACAUUUCAACGGUGCUUUUGUAAAUGAUUCUCCUUCCUAUUCCUAUUAAUUAUUAAGCUUUAAGAAAAAAUGAUUCUCCAUCCUAUUCCUAUAAAUUAUU